UGAGUGUAGCGAGUCACACUGACUUCGGCCCAACAUAUUGUGGAAGUGUCUAUUUCAUAUAUGAAAAUUAACCGAACCAAUCAAACGAACCGCUCAUUAUCAAACCGAGUACCUUGAAAGCAGAGGGACCAACUCGAGUCUCCGGCGUCAUGGCGACAGAUGGCAUCGAAGCUGCCUCUCCUCCUUCUCAACAUUUCAGUCAACCUCGUCACUUCUAUGUUGCCGUGGACAGGCUCCAGUUCAAGAUGGAGACGCUGGUGGAUCUGUUAGGCUUGGCUGGGACGCGCACGUGCUUGCCGAUUGUAGUUUGUUGCAGCUCACGUGACGAGCUUGACGCGGUUUGCUACGCCGUUUCCAAUCUCCCUUACAUUUCAUCCUCCUCUCUGUACAGUGACCAAGCUGAAGCAGAGCGAGCUGUAAUCUUGGAAAAAUUUCGGCAAGCUACAACAGUUUGGAGCCAAAAAGUAACUGAGCCAUCAGGAGGUGACACUGACAUUGAAAAAGAUGAGUACAAGUUGCAUAUGAUAGUUGUAACAGAUGCUUGCCUUCCACUUGUUGCUUCUGGAGAAUCUCCUAUAUCUGCUCGUCUUCUGAUAAAUUAUGCUUUACCAACGAAGAAGGAAAUAUACAUGAGGCGCUUAUCAACUUGUUUGGCAGCAGAUGGUAUUGUGAUCAAUAUGGUUGUUGGAGGUGAAGUGGUAACUCUAAAAGCAAUUGAAGAAAGCAGCAACCUUAUCAUAGCUGAGAUGCCCAUACAUAUUUCUGAGAUGCUGUGAUGCUGUUAGUCUUCAGCAUGAUUCUACUUUCAGUCUGAUGGCACACACUGCUACUUCAGCAAGACAUAUUUUUAUUGCAGCUCUAGCUCCGACAGUUGGUUCGAUGAUAUAUGUUGAUAGGCCUGCUGGCAAUUAAGCGAUAAUAUGUAAGACAUAUUUUUAUGAAUUACCUAAGAUAAAAUUCAAAGCAAAA